AUGAAGUAUUCUACAUUCAUCUCUGGCCAUGGAAGAAGAGCUCUCUACCCUGAUGGAACAGGUGGAAAAAGCAAAGAAGAUGAUUUUGUUCGCCCUGGGACUAAUUACACAUAUACGUGGCAAGUUACAGAUGAGUUUGCACCAUCCACGACAGAUCCACAGUGUCUGACUUGGAUUUACCAUUCGCACAUCGACACACCAAAAGAUAUCAGUACUGGAUUAAUUGGACCGUUGCUGGUUUGUAAGAAAGGAACAUUAGACCAUACUUUAGGACAGAUAACCCAUGACACCAGAAGCUUUGUUCUGAUGUUCGGCAUUGUGAAUGAAAAUCUCAGUUGGUACCUGGAUGAGAAUAUAAACACCUUCUGCUUAGAUCCCAGCUCAGUUGAUAAAGAUGAUGAAGAUUUCAAGUUCAGCAAUAAGAUGCACGCUGGUAUGAUGGGAUUGUUCAAGAUCAAGGAUUGCAACCAAAAUAUUACGGAGUCUUCACAGAGUGGCCAAGAAAGAAGAUAUUUUAUUGCUGCUGAAAAAACCCUUUGGGAUUAUGGGCCUGGUGGAAUUGACAAAUUCACCGGACAAGCUUUAAAUGCAACUGGAAGUGACUCUGAACCAUUCUUCACACAAGGAGAGGAUCGAAUAGGAGGGCAGUACUGGAAAGUUCACUAUGUCGCCUACACUGAUGGGAAGUUUGCCCAAAAAAGGGAGAGAUCUGAAGGUGAAGCCCACCUUGGCCUACUUGGCCCGGUUAUCAAAGCCGAGGUUGGAGACACAAUUUUGGUUACUUUUGCUAAUAAAGCAGACAAAAACCACAGCAUGAUGCCUCAUGGUGUAGUUUUCAGCAAGUCAUCAGAAGGAGCCACUUAUGAGGAUGGAUAUGAAAAACAUGGAGCCCAUGUGAAACCUGGAGCAAUCUUUGAAUACAAAUGGAGAGUUCCUGAAAGUGUUGGUCCAACAGACAACGAUCCUCCUUGCCUCACGUAUCUAUAUUAUUCAGCAACUGAUCCUGUGAUGGACACCCAAUCCGGUCUUGUGGGACCUCUAAUAAUCUGUAAAAAGGGUUCUCUGGAACCUGAUGGCUCACAGAAAGGAAUAGACAAAGAAUUCUACUUGCUCUUUGCAAUCAUUGAUGAGAACCUGAGUUUCUAUCUUGACAAAAACAUUGAAGCAUUUGCUGGCGACCCCUCAAAGGUUAAUAAAGAAGAUGAAGAUUUCCAAGAAUCCAACACAAUGCAUGCUGUCAAUGGUUACCUAUAUGGCACCAUGCCCGGCCUCAAGAUGUGCAAAGAUGACAAGGUUUCCUGGCAUAUGAUUGGGUUAGGUUCUGAAACCAACAUGCAUGGUAUCCAUUUCCAAGGAAACACCAUUCGUUUGGGUGGCACAAGGAGGGAUACGCUUACUUUGUUCCCUCACACCUCAACAACAGCCCUGAUGCAGCCGGACCGAGUAGGAACUUUCCAAGUGGUUUGCACCACCUUUGAUCAUUUUACCGGUGGAAUGAAGCAGCUGUAUGAAGUCAGGCCCUGCGGGAAGAUGUUGCCAAAUGGGGAAUAUUAUGGGACAAUGAGGACUUAUUAUAUUGCUGCUGAAGAGAUGGAGUGGGACUAUGCCCCCGACAAGAACUGGACAGAGGGAAUGAGCAAGGAGGACAGUUUCACACAUGUAUAUCUGAAUCAUGGUGAAGAUCUCAUGGGGACAAAGUACAAGAAGGUGGUUUAUAGAGAGUACGAAAACGGAGAAUUCGCAGAGCAGAAAACGAGAACUGCAAAGGAGCAACAUCUUCAGAUUCUAGGACCACUGAUCCAUGCAGAAGUCGGUGACUCAAUACUAAUUAUAUUUAAGAACAAAGCUAGUAGGCCUUAUUCAGUAUCAGCACAUGGUGUAGAAGAAGGAGGAGGAACUGGGAGUAAAGCACGUGUCACGAUGCCAGGAGAUAUUAGCACAUACCGGUGGAAUGUCCCACUCAGAUCAGGUCCAGAUAUCUCUGAUCCUAAUUGUAUCACUUGGGUUUACUACUCAACAGCGGAUUUUGUAAAGGAUAUGAGCAGUGGCUUGAUUGGACCACUUGUAAUUUGCAGGAAGGGAAUAUUAAAUGGAAAGGGUUUAAGGACAGAUAUCAAUCGUGAGUUUGCUCUUCUUUUCCUGAUCUUCGAUGAAAACGAAUCCUGGUAUCUGGAUGAAAACAUUGAGAAAUAUCUGCAUAAAGAUCCUAAAGAAUUCAGCCCUACUGAUGACUUCAUAAAAGGGAACAAUAUGCAUGCAAUUAAUGGGAAGAUCUAUGGGAAUCUCCAUGCCUUAACCAUGAAUGAAGGGGAAAUAACCAACUGGUACCUGAUAGGAAUGGGAAAUGAACUUGACCUCCAUACUGUCCAUUUCCAUGGAGAGAGCUUUCUCUUCAAGAUGGAUCAUGAGCACAGAGGAGAUGUGUAUGACCUUUUCCCUGGGACUUUUCAGACUGUUGAGCUUCUAGCAUUCAAUCCUGGCACAUGGCUACUCCAUUGCCAUGUCUAUGACCACAUUCGGGCUGGGAUGGAGACAACUUACACCAUCUUGAAGUCAGGACACGUAGCUGCAACCACAGUGUCCGAUGCAAUUACUAUCAAUAGCAAGACUGCUGGAAAAGGAGAUAAUGACAGACAAGGAAUAGACUUCUUUGGCAGAAAGCUACAGCUGGGAGAAGCAAGCUCAGUCCUCAAAGCCCUUUUGCUCAUUGGACUUGUGCUUUUGGUGGCUGUUUUGGUCCUUAUUCUCAUUCUGAUUUUCCAGAAGAAAAGAGUCCGUUACAGUUACAUUGGUCAGAAGCGUGAUCUUCCAAUGGUGUCCCUCUAAUAUGCCUUCAGUAAUGGUGAUAACACCUUGAUAAUAUGGGGGACUUCGAUAAUGGUGACAUGAGACGGACAGUGCACCUCCCGUGAAAUAUGUCUAUGCAAAGUGAUAUACAAUCAACACCAAAAUGAAAGAUUUUAAAGAAUGAUUAUUGUCAGGAUAAAUCACGCAUUCUGCCGAUUUGAUGGACAUAUCCCCAUUGAUCUAAAGGUUGAGCAUCUACCUCAUUUAUUGGGACCAGAAGUGUUUCUGAUUAUUAUUGCAUUUUGGAAUACUUGUUUAUGUAUGUAUGUACAUGAUGAGAUAUCAUGGAAAUGGGACCCAAAUCUAAACAUGAAGUCCAUUGUGUUGUUGAAGGCUUU